CUUCCGUUACAGGAGAAGAAGAAGAAACGGGCGGUAUAAGUUAUCAGCUAGUUAGCAUUAGGCUCUUUGUUUGUGUUUAAACAUUUGAAUGUAAACUUUAUAUUUCAUGUUUAAAUGUUUUAACGUGUAAACAUUUGAAUGUAAACUUCAUAUUUCAUGUUUAAAUGUUUUAACGUUUAAACAUUUGAACGUUCAUGCUCAGCUGAGCUUCACAGGAGCUAACGGCUAACAGCAGAAACACUGACGGUCCUCUGGGUCUCUGACAUGAGCAGCUCUGCUCAGAGGAAGAGGAGGACAACAGGAAGUCCUCUCGUUUCCAGACCGAGCACCAAGGCUAGCAGGACGGCUAACAUUAGCAGGACGUCUGAUGGUGACUCCGCCCCCACAGAGACCAUCGACGUGAUGGACAACACAGAAGACAGUGUGGAGGAGGUCGUGGAUCUCACCUGUGAGGGAUCAGAAGCUACUGUGGUUGACCUGACCCACAACGACUCAGUACUGCUGGUGGACGAAGGUCCUCAGAACAGGAGAGUCACAACAGGUGAGAGUUAUGUCGUCAGCAGUGAUGAAGACGAGGACACUCCCCCUGUCCUCAACGCUGCAGUAACGUCCUCACUACAGACCAACAGCUCCUCCAGGUCGAUUCCGGGGAUGAUCAGCUGUCCUGUCUGUCUGGACUCGUACUCUGAGAUCAUAGAGAGUGGCCGAUUGGUCGUUUCCACUAAAUGUGGUCACGUGUUCUGCAGCCAGUGUCUGAGAGACGCUCUGACAUCAUCACACACCUGUCCCACCUGCAGGAAGAGACUCACCCACCGCCAAUACCACCCCCUUUACAUCUGAUCACCAUGGCAUCGCUGUGACAUCACACACCUGAGCUGCUGCUGUUCUCCAGUGAUGUCACCAGUGACAUCAUCAGAUGUUUUUUUUUUUUUUUUCAAAGACUUUGUUUUAUCCUGAUCGAUGUACAGUACUGAUGAUUGAUUAUUGAUUAGUUAGUUCUGAUGUUUCGUUGAUUAAAUGUGUCAGUUUCAAUAAAUCACUUCUGUUCAAA